AUGCUGCUCUUUUUAUUUGAAGCGUACGGGACACUCUCCCACCGCUGUGUAGGCGUGCGUUACUUGAGCCUUGUGCCGUCGCGGAAGAUGCGGAAUGACCAGGCUGCCCCCCACACGUACUUUCUGAUGGGCAUCUUGGUGCUGAUUGAGUUGGUGGUUCGGCUCUGGCGCUACAUGGAGCAGCGAAGCCUGGCGCGGCUGCAGGACUCUCAGCAUGACGCGGCGAAGAAGGAGGGGGAACGGGAGGUUGAGGACAGUGACGCGGAGGACAAUCAAAACGCGGCGGCGGGCAGGUGCAUGCUGUGCCUGAGCCAUCGAAAGCAGCCUACGGCAACGUUGUGUGGCCACAUAUUUUGCUGGCGCUGCCUGUUGGAUUGGAUCAAGUCCAAUUCCCACGGCGCCAUCUGUCCGUUCUGCCGGCGACAAAUCACGGUGCAAUCCUCAGUGCCACUGUACCUGUAUGUGGCAAAAGAGGCACCGACCGUGGGUGAAGUUCACGAUACCCCUGCGUAG